AUGUCCGAUUCGACCACCCCCACCACCGAGACCAAGCCCGAGGAGACGAAGACGGAAGAGACUCCCGCCGUCGCUGCCGAGGGUCAGACCCCCGCUGCGGAGGAGACCAAGACGGAGGAGACUCCCGCCCCCGCCGCUGAGGGCCAGACCCCCGCUGCUGAGGGUGCUGCCGCUGAGGGCGACCUCUCCGAGGUGAAGGUCGUCACCAACGAGGAGAAUGAGGAGACUCUGUUCAAGGUCCGCGCCAAGCUGUUCCGCUUCGCCAAGGAGACCAGCGAAUGGAAGGAGAGGGGCGUGGGUGAUGUCAAGUUCUUGAAGCACAAGGAGAGCGGCAAGAUCCGCGUGCUCAUGCGCCGAGAGAAGACCCUCAAGAUCUGCGCUAACCACUACAUUCUCCCCGCCAUUAAGCUCGAGACCAACGCUGGCAGCGACAGGUCGUGGGUGUGGACUGCCUACUCUGACGUCUCCGAUGAGGAGGCUGGCGUUAGGGACGACGUCUUGGCGAUUAGGUUUGCCAAUUCUGAGAACGCCACUAAGUUCAAGGAGGAGUUCGAGAAGUGCCAGGCCGAGAUGGAGAAGCUUUCCAGCGACAAGAAGGAGUAA